UGUCAUUUGUACUUAGAACUCCCGAAAUAAUUUCGUCAAAAAAAAACCCGGCAAAAAAUUUCACUCAGAUUGCACAAAAUUCGUGAUUCGCGCUCUGAUUUCACUCUACCUGAGCUUACGGAUCACUUUUAUGCAUGAAUCUAUCCACAAGCAGCUGUCUUCGCGCUCUCUGUCGAUCGCUUUCGAUCUUAGCUGGGAGUGAAGACUCUCCGAGGUUGAAUUGGGGUUAAUUGAGUUAGUUGAGCUGAUAAUUUCGGUAAAUUAUUGAUCCUGGGACAGUUUAAUUAGGUUGGUGUGGUAUUUAGCUGUCGAUGCGUAUUCUAGGGUUUGGUUGUUCGAAGUCUGCUUUGGGAAUAGGAAUUGAAAGUAGGUUGUGCUUGAUUUUGCAUGGAAGUCCUGACUGAAUUGGAAAGUUUGGUUCUUUAAUUUAGUUUCUUUAUUAAGUUUUGUUUUUCCCCCCAAUUCUUUUGGGGUGUGGUGUAAAUUUAGGGUUGUGAAAACUGUGAAUGUGCACAGAUUGAAGAGUUAGAAGAAAAACAACGUCUUGAAGUAGCUGUGCUGUUGUUUUUUGUGAGAGUAGAAUAAUUGUUGACUGGAAUUGGAAGUGGUAGGAAAGGAAAAUGUUUUACUCACAGUUCAUAUUGGCGAAAAAGGGGCCGCUGGGAACGAUUUGGAUAGCUGCGCACUUGGAGCGUAAGCUUCGUAAGAAUCAGGUUGCUGAUACUGAUAUUGGAGUUUCUGUAGAUUCAAUUCUUUCCCCCGAUGUGCCAAUUGCACUUCGUUUGUCCAGCCAUCUCCUGCUUGGUGUGGUGAGGAUCUACAAUAAAAAGGUGAACUACCUCUUUGACGAUUGUAGUGAGGCUUUGCUCAAAGUUAAGCAAGCUUUUCGAUCUACUGCUGUCGAUCUACCUCCAGAAGAGUCAAAAGCACCAUAUCACUCCAUUACAUUGCCGGAGAAAUUUGAUCUUGAUGACUUUGAGCUGCCAGAUAGCGACAUUUUCCAAGGUAACUAUGUCGAUCAUCACAUUAGUUCAAGAGAGCAAAUCACUCUUCAAGAUACAAUGGAUGGUGUCAGUUACUCCACAUCAAAGUUCGGGCUGGACGAGAGAUUUGGUGAUGGUGAUAUGACUGGAUUGGACCUGGAAGAGGAAUUGUUAAUGGAGAAACUUGGUACUGCAGAACCUGCCGAUGAGGGGGCGGAUCCACGGACAUCUUUUGGAUCAACAUUGACUCCUAAGCAAGACCAACAUCCUGAAGAUAUGGGUACUAAUUCGGAAGCCAUGGUUGAUGGUGGUGGUGCAUGCGCCGAUGUACUGGACUAUGCACAUGCUCCUUGUACUCCUAGACUGGAGGAUGAGCCAAUUUUUUCUAAAGUUCAAGAAGCUUCUGCAUGUGAUGAUCAUCUUGAAUCGGAAUAUCACAUAACUGGGUCCACUACGAGGGAGAACAUGGAUACAGCUCCUUAUGAGGAUAAACAAGAGGUGAAAUGGUGUUCGCAGAAUGAUAUGAUUACAGAUGCAGUACCUCAGGGGCCACCUGCGGAGAACGGAUACCUGUCAGGUGGAUUGAAAGCCAAAGAAACAGGGCGACAAGGUCAAACAGAAUCCAUAAAACAGGCUUCGGAAUGCACUAGUGAGAUCAUUAAAGAAUCUGAUGUUCCAGAGCAAACUGAAGCCAUCAACAACAGUGAUAAGAAUGGUUUGGUUUCAAUUGAUGAAGCUCACCGCUACGGCCCGAGUCCCAAUGAAGUUGGUCCAGGAGUUUCUGAAGGUGCGUCAGCAGAAAAUGUACAACCUCUUGAUAUUGAAGCUCCUUCUGAUGAACAGCAAAAAUCAUGUCGUGAUGAAGCAAGGUUAUCUUCAGAAGACCAAAAUGGACUUAUUUUAGGGAAGCCCGAAAACCUUGAUGCUCAUGACCAAGUCUCAGCUACUGAAACUAAUGUUUUGAGGCCCUGUAGUUCUAUCCAGGACCAAGAUGGUGCAUUAAAACCCGCAGUUAGCCCUACAUAUGAUGGUGAUGUCAAUUCUGUCAUCUACGUUGAAGCAAAUGAUGGAGGAGAAGAGACAGCAAAGCUAGGUCAAGUGCAUUUUUUAAAUAUCAGUUCAGAAGAAAAUACGAAGGAAAACAAAGUUCAACAUGAUGCAUCGGGUGAAGAUAUUCUAGUGGCUGCUGUUGAAGCUGAUGGUCUGGCAAAUGCAACCACUGAGCUGCCUGCUCCUGAAAAACUUCUUUCAGUACCAGAAGGACAUAUGGAGUUGCAUAGUGGCAUGAUGAUGGAAGUUAUCCCCGGGGACUUUGAGGGUCUUUAUGAAGAUGACGCUGGGAGCAAAACUGCUGCAGGCAGAAAGCGUACUUUUACUGAAAGUACACUAACGGAACAGAGUCUUAACUCAGUUGAAUCGUCAAGACAAGUCCGUUUUAAACGAACGACAGGAUCAGUUCCAGAUGAUGAUGAUUUACUUUCUUCUAUUUUAGUUGGAAGGAAUACGUCAAUGUUGAGAGUAAAGCCAACACCUCCUCCUUCUGAAGUGACAUCUAUGAAGCGCCAUCGAGCUGCGCCUCGGUCUGGUGGUCCCAAAAGAAAAGUUCUUAUGGAUGAAACAAUGGUUUUGCACGGCGAUGCCAUACGGCAACAGCUGACCAACACAGAAGACAUUCGUCGUGUUAGAAAGAAAGCUCCAUGCACACUCUCUGAAAUAUCAAUGAUACAGAAACAACACAUGGUCGAUGAAACUUUACUUGAGCCUGUAUUUACUGGCAUGUCAGUUGAAUUGACAUCUUUGCACAAUCGUGUAUAUGAUUUGGGUCGGAUCAAGGUCUGUCAGCAUGAAGUACAUAAUGCAUCUCCACAAAUUGUGAGUGACCUGAGGCAGCCUUCCCAAAAUGAUGAAAAUAUUAAUCUCCCUGAAACUAUGGUUGAACCAGACAUAAAUUCCCACCUCGAAAAGUCUGGUGCUUGUCUUGAAACUGUGGUUAUGGAUGAAACAGCUGAGCCAUGUGAUAAUCAUCUUCUGAGUGAAAAUAAGAUAGAGGAAGUUGAUUACACAAGUGCAGCAGUCAAUGAAGAGUGGACCGAGCCUACAACUGUGGAUGCUGCUCUAAUAGAUUCUGGUGCUACUAGUGAUAUCCUUCAUGCUUCAGAUGUUAUCGUUCAGGCAGCUUCUAUAAAUGAAUCUGAAGGUACAAAUGCAUAUGCGGACAAAGAUGAAGCUGUCGUUCUUGAUCAGAGGGAAGCUGUGCCCUCAGAUGAAUUGGAAUUUGCAGAAAUUAAUCAUGAACAAGCAAUGGGGAAUGAAGGGAAAGACAAAGAUGGCUAUGGGGGUGAGUGUGAAACUGAACUUGGAGUGAAGGAUUAUGGUCUGCCAGAGAUGACACAAGAUGCCGCUGCUUGCUAUGGAGGGCCAGAAUACCAUGUUCAGGAUGAAAUUUACAGUACUACAUCUAAAGACCAGCUAGACUUGGAAUUUCCAUAUACAGGAUUCGAAAGCAUGCUGCAAGGUGGCUCAAUGGAUCAAUGCAAGGACCCUGAAGCUUAUCAACUUCAUAUGAUGGAUGGAGAAAUAUCUGUUUUUGACCUGCAUGAUCGAGAUGAACUCAAUUAUUUGGCUGAAGGAAAUGAUACAGACUUUCUAAAUGUUGAUGACGAUGACUUGGCUGAAAUGGCUGAUGACUAUAUGCCUGAUGCUGAAGACACACGACAUAAUGAGAACAUCGGGUGGUCUUCUCGUACAAGAGCUGUUUCCAAGUAUCUACAAUCUGCAUUUAUUAAGGAGGCAGGGUGUGGAAGGGCUUCUCUUUCCUUGGACAGCCUCUUAAUCGGAAAAUCACGCAAGGAAGCAUCGAGGAUGUUUUUCGAAACACUGGUCCUUAAAACAAGAGACUACAUCCACGUGGAAGAGCCAAUUGCGUUUGGUGACAUAACCAUAAGACCGCGAACGAGGCUGAUGAAAUCUGAUUUCUAAACCUUCUAUGCUGGAAAAUUUCGGAAACAUAUUCGAGAACAAGAUGAGAAUUCUGGACUGCAGGAUCUCAGGCUUAAUUAUUCUGUUCUCUCUCUGUUUUGUUUGUGGCAGCUAGAUUCAUUUUUUUCAUGUGAUGCUUUAAGUCAGAGAUGCUAACUGACUAAUUAGGUUGCUGUUACAUGUAACUGUUUGUUCAACUCAGUAGAUUGUUUUACCCAAUCAUACAAUAUCUUGUAUUUAUAUGUAUAUAUUUAUACAUAUCUACCAUGUAAUAUCAAGUUUUUGUGGCAA